UACGAGCGAAGAUAUUGUACGUAGACGUACAUUACAUAGCAAUCCAACAGUAUGUGUCAAGUACGUGAAAUACCCAUCCACCAACGUAAGCUACACAUACGUCAUUUUGCGGGCGUCAAUUGCGUAUUUUUCUAUACGUAUUGUGUUAACUGUUGUUUUUUGUGUCUGUGUAGUUGUGUGUUAUACAUGCUAGUAUGACUAACGUGUAGGAUGACGGGAGAGGGGCAGGGAGUAGCGACUACGUCGCGUCGUACAGUACAAUGCAGAAUAUUUACGUCGAACCUUCUAGAAUUUCUUGGAAAACACUUCCAUGAAAUGGUGAAAUAAUUCCCCUCUUUCUGGUUAUCGUCUUUAUCCCCACCUCGUCCUGUAAUUAUUACAAAAAUGCUCACGGUCUCGUUCCUUUCUAGUAGGUUUCCCUUAGCACAAACGGAUGGACUUUUAGUUAAACGAGCGAAUCGUUCAGUUAGUUCCUGUUGUUUCUGUACCCUCCUACUUCAACGAAAUUUCUAGUUGUUUCUUUGUUUGGCGGCCAUGUUUUAUAACGAUCCGUUUCGCCGUUUUGCGCCUCAUUUGGAAGCUGAAAGUCCACUUGUGAAUUGUGAAAUGUGUUUGCGUUGUUUUGUCUUUAGUGUUUUGUAUAAUUUUUGAAGUUGAGUUAAAGUAUAGUGAUGUAUGUUGAUUCCUGCUGAAGUUUUCGAUUCGAAUUGGUAUCUUUGGAAUACGUUUUUCAUUUUUCAAGAAGUUUUUCAUAAUAAUGUCGGAUUUGGUCGAAGUAAAAAUGUUCUCCUGUGGCCGCAUGACGCAAUACGCGUCGUCGAAAAAGUUUUUACCAAAUCUUGUAUGUUACCCUUUCAAAACAUGAUGAUUCGUAAUUCUAAAUAAUUGUGGCCGAAUAAGCAUAUAAGAAAAAUGUUUUCAUCAAAGAUUUGAGAAAGUAUGUUGAUGACGUUGAUGUCUACGUGACCGAGAAGUCACCUUGAAUCGUGUAAUGGACGAUAAAAGAUUUCAAGUAUGGGUAACGAUCUCGCAUUGUGAUGUUAAAGACCGAACCAGUCGAUGGCAGAAAACGACGCUGGUAGCGACGUUGAUGGAAAAGACAGCUCCAAAGCAAAGGAAAAAGCUGGCGAUGGUAAAAAGUUGUGGACAAAAGCUGUACAGAAAAUUGCCAUCCAACAGCAACAAGAAACUGCUUUGGCAUGUAUCGGUGAAGAUCGGUUUCAGAAACUUACCUGUCCUACGGUUUGCGUUACCGCACAUGAUGGCGAAAUUAAGUCAAACGUAGAAUUAUCAGUGGGAACGAUCGCGCCCGAAUCUUCAUCAUGUGGGGCUAUCUCAAUUGGAAACACCGAAAAUUCGACCGAACACUUUUCGCAUACAGAUAUGUCCAAUGCAGCACCAGAUCAAAUUUCAGCAGCUGCUAUUUUCAAACGAGGUGUUUUAUACAGAGGAAUUUACUGUCCAACCUUAACCAACAGUUUUCGAGAAUCACAUUUAGAAUUAUCCUACCAAAGAUAUUCCCAUAGGCAGAGACAGAAAUCUUUAAUAAUAGUAAAUUUUGUUGAUAUUUUGAUGAAAACUGUGUUAGCCGGUGUAUGGUUACUACAAAAAGAUCGUGGUCCGCCAGCUUUAAAAAGUGUUUUAUGGACAUUAUGUACAUUAAUUAUCAAUUGUAUAGUCUGUGUUCUGGGAUGUUGGCGAUGUUUUGCCAAUAAUUAUCUGCAGUCAGCGGCCAUUUGUACUUGGAUAUUGAUUAAUAUUCAAGGAUUUGUGGGCGCUGGAUUAGGCUUAAGUGACCAAGAAUAUUUAGUAUGGUAUGUGUUGUUCAUUGUAUUUGUUACCUACGCCAUGUUACCUUUACCACUGCGAUGUUGUAUCAUUGCCGGAUGUACCACUGCAUUGGUUCACAUAACUGUCACAAGUUUUGUAAAAUUUAAUAAAUAUAUGAGUUAUAAUUGUGUAUUAAUUCAACUGACGACGAUGUUUUUACUCUAUACGGCUGUCAAUUUUGCUGGAAUGUAUACUAAAUACUUAACGGAUCGGAGUCAACGGAGAGCAUUUUUAGAAACCCACCGAUCAACAGAAGCUAGACUUAGAACACAGAAAGAAAAUGAUCAGCAAGAGAAAUUGCUAUUAUCAGUUCUACCAGAUUUUGUUGCUAGAGAAAUGAUCAGAGAUAUAGCGAAUGAAACCGAAAACGGAUCUUUUAUGCCGCAGCAAUUUCAUCGUAUUUAUAUUCAUUGUUACGAAAACGUCAGUAUACUGUUCGCUGAUAUAAAAGGAUUCACUGAGUGGGCGAGCCAAUGCAGCGCUCAAGAAUUGGUCAGAGUGUUGAAUGAUUUAUUCGCCAAAUUUGAUAAAUUAGCUGCGGAAAACCAUUGCUUGAGAAUAAAAUUACUGGGUGAUUGUUACUAUUGUGUAUCUGGAUUACCCCUGGCAAGACCAGAUCACGCUGUUUGCUGCGUUGAAAUGGGAUUACACAUGAUAACAGCGAUUCAAGACGUGAGAAAAAAACUAAAUGUAGAUUUGAACAUGAGAAUAGGAAUACAUUCGGGAUCAGUACUAUGUGGUGUUUUGGGUUUAAGAAAAUGGCAGUUUGAUGUUUGGUCUUACGAUGUGACACUGGCCAACCAUUUGGAAUCUGGCGGAUUACCGGGACGAGUUCACAUAUCUAAAGCGACUUUGGAUUGUUUACACAACGCGUAUGAUGUCGAACCUGGCUACGGUGAAAGUAGAAAUAGUUAUUUAAAAGAACACGAAGUAGAAACAUUUUUAAUUAAGAAAGAAGAACCGUCAAAAUCGCGACGCAAAUUUAUUAAUUCUAACGGCAGGCCACGUUUAUGGUCAGAAGAUGACAGAUUUUCGCCUAUUCCUGCAAAUCAUAAAUUUUCUAGUGAAAAAUCUAAUCAAGGUUCGGAAACGGAAAUCAAAAAUAUAGAACAUAAUGGUCCUUUCCAUCGUAACUAUUCGGAUCCGGAAAAUAAUAUGCAAUGGACUCCUGAAAUACCUUUUGAAAAUUUAAGCUCUAGCGUACAAGAGCUCGAUGAAAUUGAAAAUUAUGGCAGUGAAAUGAAAAGUCAAACGAUGACCCCAACAACCCAAGAGCAAAUUGAUGACAUUAUCGAUCACUGCAUUGAAAUCGAGAGUAAUGAAAGAAUGCGCAAAGAACACGUGAACAGGUGGACUUUGAGAUUCAAACAGCCGGAAUUGGAAGAAAAAUUUUGUCUGUUACGAGAAGACAUGUUCAAGUCAAAUAUGGUGUGCUGUUUCAUCGUUUGGUUGUUCGUAGUAUUUUGCCAAACAAUCAUGCUACCUUGGUCAUUUUCUGUCACAGUUAGCUUAUCCAUGACCACGUUGAUUCUUAGCGGAGCUCUAGUAUUAACAAUGGCUGAAGAAUUUGAUGUUUUCCCUAAACAAAUACAAGCCAUAUCUUCCAUUUUAGCCCAAAAUCGUAUGUAUAGAACGGUGUUUAUCUGUGCCAUAGUAACUUUGAUGUGCUUCGCUUCAACAUUAAGUUUGGUGUUGAAUCCUUCGGCGUAUCUUUCGCAAAUGCAACUACAAAACCAAAACUUCUUAACAACUGUAAAUAUCGCAACACUGCCUACUACGCAAAAUAAUUUUCAUCAAGAGAUCACUGACAAAAAGAUGAAAAAGAGGAGUUCCGAAUCUCAUGUUUCACAAACCGUCGAUACCGUUUAUUUGAAAAAAUUAUUAUUUAUCAAUGAUCGAAGAAAAGCUAAACAUAAAUUCGCUGGUAACAAACCGCUAUCUAGAAAAUUUCAAAAAAUUCUUCAUAAUGCAAAUCAACCGCAUAAAGUGGAGUCGAAACGCGUGAAAUUACAUCGUAAAAGAACUCCUAGAACGUUGAUGCAAGAUCCUAGGAAAAACCAGGAAAUGAGUAAAGGAAUAAAUACGGAACAGUUUCUCGAUAAGAAUAGUAGUUUUAAUUCAACCAGUGAUAAGAUUGAUGUUUCGACACAAUCUACGUAUCCUGACGACUGUCUUCAUCCAGAAUAUUUAGUGUACACGUGGGUUUUAUCGUUAAUAGCAUUGGCUACUACUUUAAAAUUAUAUUUUUUGAUAAAAACUCUAUUAGCAGUCAGUAUGGUGGCCAUUUAUACCCUUUUUAUAUUAGUAUUUUAUCCGGAAGUCUUCGCCAAUGCGCAUUCUCACAGUAUGGAAGUUCCUAUGUCAUCGCAAAUGUUGAUUUUGCUGACUGCUUUCUUGAUCUUGGUAGCGUAUCACGCUCGUUUGGUGGAAGUAACUUCGAGAUUGGACUUUUUGUGGAAAAGAGACGCUGAAAGAGAAUUAGCCGAGAUGAAAGAAACUAGAAAAAACAAUAGACAACUCUUGCGUAAUAUUUUACCGGAUCAUGUCGCGCAUCAUUUUCUGGCACAAGAUCGACAUGCUGAUGAAUUGUAUUCCCAAUCAAGAGAUAAUGUUGGCGUAAUGUUUGCAAGUAUACCAAAUUUCACGGAAUUUUAUUCUGAAGAUGUGAAUAAAGGAGUAGAAUGUAUCAGACUUCUCAACGAAAUUAUUGUUGAUUUUGAUGAAUUAUUGGAAGAGCCCAGAUUCAGUUCAAUUGAAAAAAUAAAAACAGUAGGAGCUUCGUAUAUGGCAGCUUCUGGGUUGAAUCCCACGCACAAGCCUGGUGAAGAUGAAUAUGGUCAUAUUUGCGCAUUGGUGGAUUUUGCUGUUGCAAUGAAAGCAUGUAUCGAAGAGGUGAAUAAACAUUCUUUCAAUAAUUUUCAUUUGCGAGUAGGCAUUAGUAGCGGUGCUCUAGUUGGAGGAGUUAUCGGAGCUCGUAAACCAGUUUUUGAUAUAUGGGGAAAUACGGUAAAUGAAGCGUCCAGAAUGGAUUCAACUGGAACCAUGGAUCGUAUCCAAGUUCCCAAAGAUACUGCCAAAAUUCUUUCAAGAAGAGGUUAUAACGUUGAAUAUCGUGGUUUAGUGGCUGUGAAAGGUAAAGGUGAAAUGGAAACGUAUUUUGUAAAUGGUCGAGACGGUGCACCUACUGGAUUCGUCAGGCAACCUAGUCAACAUAACAGUCUGGCGGCAGUGGUAUUUGGAAUGGUGCAAUCGAGGAAACGACAUCAAACUGUAAAAAGACAUAGUAAUAAAGAUGGCCAUGCAAGUGGUCUAAGCCGUGCAAAAUCUCAUCACGUCCAUUCUCGUAGUCAGUACAUUUCGGAUACCAAUCCGAAUCCUCGUUUAGUCAGUUUCAGUAGUUUCCGUUUAUCCAAUCGUUCGUUCGGUAAUCCGUUGAGAAGAAGUACGGUAAAAGGUGGCCGUCAUAGAUCUGCUAAUCAUCAAAGAACUCAAACCAGAUCGUAUUCGAAUAUUCAUCAAUUAACCGUAGAUACCGCCAGCGCUCGUUCGAUGAGCAGCAGUAAUGGACUGAUUAGAAGUGCUUCCUAUUUGCAACAUUCCGCUCCGCACACCCCGCUCACCAGUGAAGCGAUGCAUUCUAGCACAACGACUAUUUUACAAAAUGAAAAUAAUAACCACGUUGCUGUGCAAAGUAAUACUUCCACUUCAUUGGUACGAAAUUGCCGAUCAGCUUCUCCAAACAUCGAAGCGGGUGGAUUAUCUCCAGCUACUCCGACCAAUUUGUCGUUUUCCAUUUCCAAUUUCAAUUCGUCUACCGUUCAUUUGGAUCAAUUAUCGCAGAUAUCGAGAUGAUCAAAUAAGAGGAAAAGACUCGUUUUUGUUUUAAAAAGGGGACCAAUUUGGCGUAUAAUACAAAAGAUAUACAUAUGAUUCGAACAAUUCGAACCUAUAACAACUUUAUCCACUUAACUUUAUAUUGUGUAGGUGGUCUCUAAUUUUUUCUCAAUUCAAUUAUUGCCUUCAUUUCCCGGUUUCAAUUUUCUUUUCGUGUAUAAAAUAUGUAUAUACUUUUCAAACCAUCGUGCUUUUUACACAAUUUACGUACUUGCCUACCAAUAUAUUUAAAUAUACCUACCUAAUAUUUUCAAAAUAAUAUCUUUGAAUACGAUUCGAGUAAUUUAUCAAGUCAUUUUUAAAAUCAAAAGUACCUAUUUGUGUUUUUCUUUUGUGUUGAUGUUGUCUUUAAUUUGUUACUUAGGUACUGAUUUAUUUUUUUAAAUUUAUUUCUCGAUUGCUACGGUACCUAUUAUUUUAAAAAUAAUCAUUAAUUAGUGUGAUUUCUACGACUUUCCUUUUGUACAUUACUUACAUGGUUUCUUGUAUAAAUUUAAAAUAAAAACGCCUUAUCCGUUUUGGAUUUGGUUUUAUACGCAA